UAAACUGUAUGCAAAUGAGCUCUUUUCCUGGCAGAGAGCUGGGAGUGAGUGUGUCUUUCAUGAGCUAACCCUGUUCCUUUGGGAGGGCUGUUCCUUUAAUUCACCAACUGAAGUGGGAAAGGAUGUCUGGAGGCGAGGCGUCCCAUUACAGAGGAAGGAGCUUGCUAUAUAAGCCAGCCAAAGCUGGCUGCACCAGCCACAGCCUGCCUACUGUCACAAACUCUCCCAACCCGCAGAGCAGACAGCGUCUCCUGAGCACAAAGGCAGCACAAACUGGAGAGACCCCAGAGGGCACCUCACGCGGGCGUCCCUCUGCUGCUGGCAUCCAGGUGCUUGUUUUUCCAUGGAGCUGGUUCCCUUAAAGAUCUCGGUCUAAAGAAGGAGAUUUCUCUGAAGGAAUACUGGAACAACUGACUUGGAUUCUACUCUGCUCCCAAGUCCUUAAUUUUGCCUCAGAGCAAGACACUUUAGGAUCCCUAAAACCCUUAACAUCUGGCCAAAUCCACCUUUACCAUGGGGACUAUGACUCAGCUAUUGUUCAGUGUUUCCCUGAUAACUUUGCUCAUUCUCCCUGCUGAAGGAGGAGUUCUUAAGAGAGUCAUCAGGUACAAGCGACAAAGUGGGGUAAAUGUCACCCUGCCAAAGGAAAACCAGCCAGUUGUGUUCAACCAUGUCUACAAUAUCAAGCUGCCUGUAGGGUCUCAAUGCUCAGUGGAUCUGGAAUCACCCAGUGGGGAGAAAGAUGUGGCCCCACCAUCGGGGCCCAGUGAAAGCUUCCAGGAGCAGACAGUGGAUGGGGAGAACCAAAUAGUCUUCACACACCGCAUCAACAUCCCCCGGCAGGCUUGUGGUUGUGCAGCUGCUCCUGAUAUCAAAGAGCUUCUGAGCCGGUUAGAGGAGCUGGAGAGUGUGGUGGCUUCCCUUCGGGAGCAGUGCACCCUUGGAGCUGGCUGCUGUCUACAGCCUGCAGAAGGUCGCCUAGAUGCCCGUCCUUUCUGCAGUGGCCGGGGAAACUUCAGCACGGAAGGAUGUGGCUGCAUUUGUGAACCCGGCUGGAAAGGCCCCAACUGCUCUGAGCCCGAGUGUCCAGGCAACUGUCACCUUCAAGGCCAGUGCAUCGAUGGCCAGUGUGUCUGCAAUGAAGGCUUCAUGGGGGAGGACUGCAGCCAAAUGGCCUGUCCCAGCGACUGCAACGACCAGGGCAAGUGUGUAUCUGGAGUCUGCGUCUGUUUUGAAGGCUACUCAGGGGAGGACUGCAGCCAGGAAGUGUGCCCGGUGCCCUGCAGCGAAGAGCACGGCCGCUGUGUGGACGGCCAGUGUGUGUGCCAGGAUGGCUUUGCUGGCGAGGACUGCAACGAGCCUCUGUGCCUGAACAACUGCUACAAGCGUGGGCGUUGCGUAGAGAACGAGUGUGUGUGUAACGAGGGCUUCAUGGGUGAGGACUGCAGUGAGCUUAUCUGUCCCAAUGACUGCUUUGACCGUGGCCGCUGUGUUAAUGGUACCUGCUACUGCGAAGAGGGCUUCACAGGGGAGGACUGUGGCCAGCUCACCUGUCCUAAUGCCUGUCAUGGCCAGGGCCGUUGUGAGGAGGGCCAGUGUGUCUGCUACCAGGGCUUUACUGGGGUGGACUGCAGUGAGAAGAGGUGUCCUGCUGACUGUCACAACCACGGCCGCUGUGUGGAUGGAAAGUGCGAGUGUGAUGAUGGCUUCACAGGGGAAGACUGUGCCGAACUCCAGUGUCCCAAUGGAUGUAGUGGCCAUGGCCGAUGCGUCAAUGGGCAGUGCGUGUGUGAUGAGGGUUAUAUCCAGGAGGACUGUAGCCAGCUGCGGUGUCCCAACGACUGUCACAACCGAGGCCAAUGCAUCCAGGGGAAUUGUGUGUGCCAGCAAGGCUUCCAGGGCUUUGACUGCAGUGAGAUGAGCUGCCCCAACGACUGCCACCACCAUGGUCGCUGUGUGAAUGGCAUGUGUGUUUGUGAUGAUGACUACACCGGGGAAGACUGUCGGGAUCGGCGGUGCCCUGGGGACUGUAGCCAGCGGGGCCGCUGUGUGGAUGGGCAGUGUGUGUGUGAGGAUGGCUUCACAGGCCCUGACUGUUCAGAACUCUCCUGUCCCAGCGACUGCCACCGACAGGGUCGCUGUGUCAAUGGGCAGUGUGUCUGUUAUGAGGGCUUCAUGGGCAAAGACUGCAAGGAGCGCAAGUGCCCUGCAGACUGUCAUGGCCAGGGCCGCUGUGUAGAUGGCCACUGCAUCUGCCAUGAUGGCUUUGAAGGCCUGGACUGUGGGCAGCGCUCCUGUCCCAAUGGCUGCAGUAACCAGGGGCAGUGUGUUGCUGGCCGCUGCAUCUGCAAUGAAGGAUACACUGGAGAGGACUGCUUGCAGGUGUCCCCUCCUAAAGACCUUAUUGUGACAGAAGUGACAGAAGAGACAGUAAACCUGGCCUGGGAUAAUGAGAUGCGGGUCACAGAGUAUCUCAUCAUCUCCACACCCACCCAUGAGGAUGGCCUAGAAAUGCAGUUCCGUGUUCCUGGGGACCAGACAUCUACCACCAUUCGGGAGCUGGAACCUGGUGUGGAAUAUUUUAUCCAAGUCUUCGCCAUCCUUGAGAACAAGAAAAGCAUUCCUGUCAGUGCCAGAGUGGCCACUUACUUACCUGCACCUGAAGGGUUAAGAUUUAAGUCUAUCAAGGAGACAUCUGUGGAUGUGGAGUGGGAUCCUCUAGACAUUGCUUUUGAAACAUGGGAGAUCAGUUUUCGCAAUAUGAAUAAAGAGGAUGAGGAAGAGAUCACCAGAAGUCUAAGAAGGCCAGAGACCACAUACCUGCAAACUGGCCUUGCUCCAGGGCAAGAGUAUGAGAUAACUUUGCACAUUGUGAAAAACAAUACCCGGGGCCCAGGUCUGAAGACAGUAACAACCACCCGGUUGGAUGCCCCAAGUCAAAUUGAGGUGAAAGAUGUCACAGACACAACUGCUCUUAUCACUUGGUUCAAACCCCAAGCUGAAAUUGAUAGCAUUGAGCUCUCCUAUGGAAUUAAAGAUGUGCCAGGUGAUCGCACCACCAUCGACCUCACUCAUGAGGAGAAUCAGUACUCCAUUGGAGAUCUGAAGCCAGACACUGCUUAUGAGGUGUCCCUCAUCUCACGCAGAGGGGACAUGUCUAGCAACCCAGCCAAUGAAACCUUCACAACAGGCCUGGAUGCACCCAAAAAUCUUCGUCGUGUCUCCCAGACAGACAACAGCAUCACCCUGGAAUGGAGAAAUGGCAAGGCCACCAUCGACAAUUACAGAAUUAAAUAUGCACCUAUCUCUGGAGGUGACCAUGCUGAGAUCGAAGUCCCAAAGAGCCAACAAGCCACAACCAAAACUACACUCACAGGUUUGAGGCCAGGAACAGAGUAUGGCAUUGGAGUAUCUGCUGUGAAGGGAGACAAGGAAAGUGACCCAGCCACCAUCAAUGCAGCCACAGACAUGGAUGCACCUAAGGACCUUCAGGUUUCUGAAACUUCAGAGACCAGUCUGACCUUGCUCUGGAAGACUCCUUUGGCAAAGUUUGACCAUUACCGCCUCAACUACAGUCUUCCUACACGCCAGCCAGUAGAGGUGCAGCUUCCCAGAGACACCACCUCCUAUAUCUUGCGAGAUCUGGAACCUGGACAGGAAUACAGCAUUAUUCUCAAGGCAGAGAAGGGCAGGUACAAGAGCAAGCCUGCACGUGUGAAGGCUUCCACAGACCAUGCCCCUGAAUUGGAAAAUCUCACUGUGGCCAAAGUUGACUGGAAUGGCCUCAAACUCAACUGGACCACAGCUGACCAAGCCUAUGAGCACUUUGUCAUUCAGGUGCAGGAGGCCAACAGGGUGGAGGCUGCUCAGAAUAUCACGGUGCCUGGGAGCCUCCGAGCUGUGGACAUCCCAGGCCUCAAGCCUGCCACCCCUUAUAGAGUUACCAUCUAUGGGGUGAUCAGGGGCUAUAGGACACCAGUACUGUCUGCUGAGGCCUCCACAGGGGAAGCUCCCAAUUUGGGAGAGGUCAUGGUGUCUGAGGUGGGCUGGAAUACCAUCAAGCUCAACUGGACUGCUCCUGAAGGGACCUAUGAGCACUUUUUCAUUCAGGUGCAGGAAACAGACCUCAUAGAGGCAACCCAGAACCUCACAGUCCCAGGAGGACUGAGGUCGGUGGACCUGCCUGGGCUCAAAGCAGCGACUCACUAUAGAGUCAUCAUCCGUGGGGUCACUCAGGACUACAGCACUUCCCCUCUCUCUGUUGAUGUUUUGACAGAGGGGUUUCCAGAUCUGGGAAACCUCACAGUGACUGAAGUUAGCUGGGAUACCCUCAGAUUGGAUUGGACCAUCCCAGAUGGGAUAUAUGAACAGUUUAUACUUGAGGUCCAAGAAGCUGGCCAGGCUGAGGAAGCUCACAGUCUCACAGUUCCUGACAAUCUGCGCUCUGUGGAAAUCCCAGGCCUCAAGGCUGGUACCCCUUACAUAAUCACCCUGCAUGGUGAAGUCAGGGGCUUCGCAUCUCAACCUCUUGCUGUGGAGGGCAUCACAGAGGAGCUCCCCAAACUGGGAGAUUUAGCCUUGACUAAGGUUGACUGGAAUGUCCUCAAACUCAACUGGACCGCAGCUGACCAAGCCUAUGAGCACUUUGUCAUUCAGGUGCAGGAGUCCAACAAGGUGGAGGCUGCUCAGAAUCUCACAGUGCCCGGGAGCCUCCGGACUAUGGACAUCCCAGGCCUCAAGCCUGCCACUCCUUAUAGAGUUACCAUCUAUGGGGUGAUCAGGGGCUAUAGGACACCAGUGUUAUCUGCUGAGGCCUCCACAGCUGGAGAACCUGAAAUUGGAAAUUUAAAUGUUUCUGGCAUUACUCCUGAGAGCUUCAAUCUCUCUUGGACAGCGACUGAUGGAGCUUUUGAGACCUUUACCAUUGAGAUUGUAGAUUCCAAUAGGUUGCAGGAGAGGAUUGAAUACAAUAUCUCUGGUGCUGAACGGACUGCCUUCAUCUCAGGGCUACAUCCUAGUAAUGAUUUUAUUGUCUACCUCUCUGGAUUUGCUCCCAACUCCCAGGCCAAAACCAUCAGUGCCUCAGCUACCACAGAGGCAUUGCCCCUUCUGGAAAACCUUACCAUUUCCGACAUUAAUCCCUACGGGUUCACAGUUUCCUGGAUGGCAUUGGAGAAUGCCUUUGACAGCUUUCUAGUAACAGUGGUGGAUUCUGGGAAGCUGCUGGACCCCCAGGAAUUCACACUUUCAGGAACUCAGAGGAAGCUGGAGCUUAGAGGCCUCAUAACUGGUAUUGGUUAUGAGGUUAUGGUUUCUGGUUUCACUCAAGGGCACCAAACCAAGCCCUUGAGGGAAGAGAUUGUUACAGAAGCUGAACCAGAAGUUGACAAUCUUCUGGUUUCAGAUGCCACCCCAGAUGGCUUCCGUCUCUCCUGGACAGCUGAUGAAGGGGUCUUCGACAGUUUUGUUCUCAAAAUCAGAGAUACCAAAAAACAGUCUGAGCCACUGGAGAUAAUCCUACUUGCCCCUGAACGUACCAGGGACAUAACAGGUCUCAGAGAGGCCACUGAAUAUACAAUUGAGCUCUAUGGAAUAAGCAAUGGAAGGAGAUCCCAACCAGUCAGUGCUAUAGCAACAACAGCCAUGGGUUCCCCCAAAGAAAUAAUUUUUUCAGACAUCACUGAAAACUCAGCCACUGUAAGCUGGAUGGCACCCACAGCCCAAGUGGAGAGCUUCCGGAUUACCUAUGUACCCAUUGAAGGAGGUACACCUUCCAUAGUAACUGUGGAUGGAACUAAGACUCAAACCAAGCUGAUGAAACUCCUCCCUGGAGUGGAGUACCAAGUCAACGUCAUAGCUAUGAAAGGAUUCGAGGAAAGUGAACCUGUCUCAGGAUCAUUCACUACAGCUCUGGAUGGCCCCUCUGGCUUGGUGACUGCCAACAUCACUGACUCAGAAGCCUUAGCCAUGUGGCAACCAGCCAUUGCCCCUGUGGACACUUAUGUCAUCUCCUACACAGGGGAGAGAGUGCCAGAAAUUACGCGUACAGUGUCAGGGAACACCGUGGAAUAUGCUCUGAGUGACCUGGUGCCUGCCACAAAAUACACGCUGAGGAUAUUUGCAGAGAAGGGGCCCCAGAAGAGUUCAGUUCUCACUACCAAGUUCACAACAGACCUUGAUUCUCCAAGAGACUUGACAGCUACAGAGGUUCAGUCAGAAACUGCCCUUCUCACCUGGCGACCCCCCAAAGCAUCUAUCACUGGUUACCUUUUGGUAUAUGAAUCUGUGGAUGGCACAGUCAAGGAAGUCAUUGUGGGUCCAGACACCACCUCAUACAGCUUGACAGAGCUGACCCCAUCCACCCACUACACAGCCAAGAUCCAGGCAUUAAACGGACCACUGAGGAGCAAACUCAUCCAGAUAAUCUUCACCACAAUUGGGCUCCUGUACCCAUUCCCCAGGGACUGCUCACAAGCAAUGCUGAAUGGAGAUACAACCUCUGGACUCUAUACCAUCUAUCUCGGUGGCGAUAAAGCCCAGGCACUGGAAGUCUUCUGUGACAUGGCCUCUGAUGGCGGUGGAUGGAUUGUGUUUCUAAGGCGCAAAAAUGGACGUGAGAAUUUCUAUCGAAACUGGAAGGCUUAUGCUGCUGGCUUUGGAGACCGAAGAGAAGAGUUCUGGCUUGGACUGGACAACCUGCACAAAAUCACAGCCCAAGGGCAGUAUGAGCUCCGGGUGGACCUCCGGGACCAUGGGGAAACAGCCUAUGCCGUCUAUGACAGGUUUAGUGUGGGAGAUGCCAAGAGUCGCUACAGGCUAAAGGUGGAUGGAUACAGUGGAACAGCAGGUGACUCUAUGGAAUACCACAAUGGCAGGUCCUUCUCCACCUUUGACAAAGAUACAGACUCAGCCAUUACCAACUGUGCCCUGUCCUACAAGGGAGCUUUUUGGUAUAAGAAUUGUCACCGUGUCAAUCUUAUGGGAAAAUAUGGGGACACUAGUCACAGUCAGGGUGUUAACUGGUUCCACUGGAAGGGCCAUGAAUACUCAAUCCAGUUUGCUGAGAUGAAACUGAGACCCAGCAGCUUCCGAAAUCUUGAAGGCAGACGUAAGCGGGCAUAAAUUACAGGGACAACUGAGAAAGGGGAGAGUAGGGCCCAGAGAAAGAAAAUAAUUUUACCAAAGUAUUGGUCCAACCAGUCAAACCGUCAAGCUGCACCUGGGCAUUUGGCAGGAGUUAAAGUUGACCAUGGAUCACAAGGCCAAGGGCAGUGGCCUCAUCUACUCUGCGAUUACUUUCUUCGCACCAAAGACAAGUUCCAACAGAUUCUAUUUUGUUGUUUGAUUCAUCAAAUUCUUCCAGUGACAGUGGUUUUCCUUCUCUUGGGUAGCUCUGGGAAGGGGAUUGGGGUAGGCUAUACAGUGGUAGUUUUAGAACCAGCUGUAUUUUACAUAAAGUUGUAUAAUUAAUUAUUUUUUGUUAGCAGUAAUUAAAUGUCCAUCCUUGAAAGCCAUCCCUUUUUUAUAUUUCAUACAACAGAAACCAGAAAAGCAAUAAUGUUUCAAUUUUAAGAAUAUAAUUAAUAUUAUUAAUAUAAUAAUGAUGGUGAUGAGAAAAACUAAGAAUUUUUUAAAGAAGUCUUCCUUUCUGAAACACAUAUGGAUAGUACCUGAUUGUAUUUUUUUUU